ACAUACAACCCCCCCUCCCUCCGGCCCGCGCAUUUAAAGGGGCAGCGGCGCCAAUCCGGGGGACCAUGCCGAACUUCUGUGCGGCCCCCAACUGCACCCGCAAGAGCACCCAGUCCGACCUGGCCUUCUUCCGCUUCCCCCGGGACCCGGUCAGCAACACUGGAGGUGAAGGGAUUCAGGCUGAUUUUUGGCUGUCCUUGACAACUCUGUGCCAGUUCUAGAUGUGCCAUCGCUGCCACCGAUUUGUCUCUGUGUGGUUGCCAGGAGGUGAUUCAAAGGAGUUACCGUAAUGUGAGGAGCUCUGACUUUGCUCCCUGGCAGUCUUCCUCAGCUUCACUGGGUCAAUGAGAGAGGCAGGUGCCUGUUACUGCGCUCAGUUAAAGUAGAUGAUGGUGAAUCCAUUCAGAGCUGUGGAUUUCCUCAUUGGGGCUGCCCACCAAAACAUCUGAGGGGACAGCCCUCCUUCAUGUCAAAGAUGGGUAGAGAACUGUCGAAGGGCAGAUUUAGAAGAUAAAACUCCAGAUCAACUCAACAAGCAUUACAGAUUGUGUGCUAAGCAUUUUGAGACUUCUAUGAUAUGUAGAAGUAGCCCUUACAGGACAGUUUUACGGGAUAAUGCCGUGCCAACUAUAUUUGAUCUUACAAGUCACCUGAACAAUCCCCACAGCAGACACAGGAAAAGGAUAAAAGAGCUCAGUGAAGAUGAAAUAAGAACACUGAAGCAACAAAAGAUUGAUGAAGCUUUUGAACGGGAACAGGCAACUCAAGAAUUGAACGAAAGCAAUGAACAAAAUACUGUCUCAGAAGAAGGAGGGGAAGAACAAGAGGAAGAAGCUGGCCCCUUGACAUUGGAAGAAAGAGAAAACAAAGAUUACCUUAAGUCUUUGUUUGAAAUUUUGAUCCUAAUGGGCAAACAAAAUAUUCCUUUGGAUGGCCAUAAUGUUGACGAGCUGCCAGAAGGUAUCUUUACUUCAGAUAACUUUCAGGCUCUACUGGAAUAUAGAAUAAAUGCUGGAGACGAAGUUCUGAGGAAACGAUUUGAGAUGACUGCAGUCAAUCUUGAGUACUGUUCAAAAACUCAGCAGAAACAAAUGCUUGAGAUCUGUGAAAGCUGUGUUAGAGAAGAGACGCUGAGGGAAGUAAGAGACUCACACUUCUUUUCUAUUGUCACUGAUGAAGUAGUAGACAUAGCAGGAGAGGAACAUUUGCCAGUGUUGGUGAGAUUUGUUGAUGACGCUCAUAAUCUAAGAGAAGAAUUCAUAGGCUUUUUGCCGUAUGAGGCUGAUCCUGAAAUUUUAGCCGUUAAGUUUCACGCAACUAUUACUGAAAAGUGGGGUCUAAACAUGGAGUACUGUCGAGGUCAAGCCUACAUUGUCUCCAGUGGGUUUGCUUCUAAAAUGAAAGUUGUGGCUACAAGACUCUUGGAAAAGUAUCCACAAGCUGUUUAUACGCUGUGUUCCUCGUGUGCCUUAAAUGUUUGGCUAGCAAAAUCCGUUCCGGUUGUUGGUGUUUCCAUUGCAUUAGGAACAAUUGAAGAAGUUUGCUGUCUGUUUAAUCAGUCUCCAGAAUUACUAGUAGAACUGGACAACACAAUUUCUGUUCUUUUUCAGAACAAUGAGGAGAAGGGUAAUGAGCUGAAGGAGAUCUGCCGUUCUCAGUGGACAGGCAGGCAUGAUACUUUUGAGGUUUUGGUGGACCUCAUGCAAGCAUUGGUGCUGUGCUUGGAUGCAGUAAGCAGUGACUCAUCCGUCAGGUGGAACAACUUUAUUACCGGUCGAGCAUUUGUACUUUCAAGUGCAUUGACAGAUUUUGACUUCAUUGUCACUAUCGUAAUCCUGAAAAAUGUUCUGUCUUUUACAAGAGCAUUUGGAAAAAAUCUCCAAGGACAAACAUCAGAUGUGUUUUUUGCAGCUAGCAGCUUAACAGCAGUGUUGCAUUCUCUGAAUGAAGUGAUGGAGAAUAUUGAAGUUUACCAUGAAUUUUGGUUUGAGGAAGCAACAAAUUUGGCUACAAAACUGGACGUACAAAUUAAACUCCCAGGAAAAUUUCGCAGGGCACAACAGGGGAACUUAGACUCUGAGGUAACAUCAGAAAACUACUACAAAGAAAUCCUUAGUGUCCCCACAGUGGAGCACAUUAUUCAAGAAUUAAAAGAUAUAUUCUCAGAACAACAUUUAAAAGCUCUCAAGUGUUUAUCGUUAGUGCCCUCAGUCAUGGGGCAGCUCAAAUUCAAUACUUCUGAGGAGCAUCAUGCGGACAUGUACAAAAAUGACUUGCCUAAUCCAGACACGCUUUCUGCUGAGCUUCAUUGUUGGAGAAUCAAGUGGAAGCACAGAGGAAAAGAUAUUGAACUUCCAGCUACUAUUUACGAAGCACUUCACUUGCCUGACAUAAAGUUUUUCCCUAAUGUUUACGCACUGCUGAAAGUCUUGUGCAUACUUCCAGUGAUGAAGGUGGAAAAUGAAAAAUACGAAGUGGGACGAAAGCGCUUAAAGGCAUACCUGAAAAACACCUUGACAGAGCAAAGGUCAAGCAACCUAGCUUUGCUGAACAUAAACUUUGAUAUAAAACAUGACUUAGAUUUAAUGGUGGACACCUACAUUAAACUCUAUCCAGAUAAAGUGGAAUUUCAAGACGACCUCAAACAACUCUGAAGGAGCAGAAGAUGCUUAAUUUUUUAAGCUCUAACCGAUCUGUUGAAACAGCUUUUUAUUAAUUGAGUUUCAAUGCUGAGGAAAAAAAUUGUGAAAUUAAAAAAAUCAUUGCAGUUGUAUUUCUAUUUUAGGUCUCAAACAGAAGAAGCUGUGGUCAGUGACCCAAGUUAUGUUUUGUUAGUCUCAUUAAAUGUGUUAUGCAAGCAAAACAAAGCCUGAAAAUAAGCCCAUGCUCUUGGCAGAGGUGUUUUCUACAUCCGAUUGACUUAACUAGGUGCUGGUUUAUGUUAUUGCAUCAUGGAAAAAGUACGUUGUGAUUGUAGAUCUGAUGGGGCAGUUAUAUAUUUGCUCAUGAAUUAGGAUAAGGACACCACCCCCCCACACCACAAGAUAUUAAAAAAGAGGAUAAUCCAUUUGAGUUCUGUUACUUAGGAUUUUAUUCUUGAAAACUUUUUGAAAAAGUCUUUGCUGUAUAUUUAAAUUGGCAUUUUGGAGAGUGGAUUCAGCUAUUGCACGAUCCCCGUGCUGCGGACUGUUCUUGGUGUAAAGUGAAUGUUAGUAAUAUAGAGGUACGUUUACGGUUUCAUUGGGAGAGUCAACCUCUUUAAUCUCACGAUGGCUGUUUACAUUCCUUUGUGUGAGACACAAUUUUUCUUUUUCUUUAGGCUUUUAACAAGCAUGGCAGGAGUAUUGAAACUCCUAAAAGACACUAAAAACUUAAAAUUUAUUUUACAAACAUUUAAAUCUGUUAGUUCUAUCCUGACUGACACAAACCCAUGCAUCUUACUGUCUAUUUGUAAACUCAUGCAGGAAAGAUUAAAACAAGAGUUUGUUGUUUGUCUAGAAGUAAGUUUGAAAAUAUUGCUGUUUAUUUUUGGCAAGAAUGAAACAUUUUUGUACAGUUUAUUGCAAUUUAAAAUAAAAUGUGAAUUGCUUUGUA